CGCAAGAGUUAUUCUUCGACAUCUGUCUUUUGUGGUCUCCCCUGUCACGGCGAGUAACAAACCACUAUAUCGACAUCCAAACCGAGGGAAUUGAAAAAGAAAGAAAAAAAAAGGUCUAUCUCGCACUAUAAUGGAUACGAGCACAUCACUCUCGCUCCAGAACAAUUACUCUCCUUUCCGUUCAUCAUCUCCUAAUCAUCUCCUAGACGACGUUGGAGGUGGCGGUGUUCCUGGUGCUUUUUCUUAUUCUUUAUCUUUGAUUUUUCGUUGGCGAAGGGGACUCAUUUAUUUAUUUUCUUUCAUCUGCUAUAAUCUGUCUGGUGUGCUCUGAUCAAUUCUCUAUUGCGUUUCGUUUGAUUUCCCUCUCUGCGU